CUGCCAAGCUGCCACGAGGCAAGGACGAGACACAGCACAGAGCAAGAGUGAAGCAGCAGGAAUGGCGGCCCCCUCCAUGAUCUCCUCAUCACCCCUGGUGGCGCCGGCGACGAGGGCCAAGGGCCUGCCGUCCCUCGGCCGCCACGGCUCCUCCUUCGCCGUCGUCUGCAGCGGCGGCAAGAAGAUCAAGACCGACAAGCCCUACGGGAUUGGAGGUGGCCUCACAGUCGAUGUUGAUGCCAACGGCAGGAAGGGCAGCGGCAAGGGCGUGUACCAGUUCGUCGACAAGUACGGCGCGAACGUCGACGGAUACAGCCCAAUCUACUCCCCGGAAGAAUGGUCUCCCAGUGGCGACGUCUACGUCGGCGGAACCACCGGGCUUCUGAUCUGGGCCGUCACCCUCGCCGGGCUCCUCGGCGGCGGCGCCCUCCUCGUCUACAACACCAGCGCCCUCUCCGGCUAAGAAUAUUCAUGCAUGUAAAAUAAGGCCGGCUGUCUGUCUGUAAUCUAGCCUCCUUCGAUGCCCACUAUAAUGCAUGGCUCAUGUAAAACUGCUACUACAACACUUCAUAUUUUAGGAUAAUUAUUGAUGCUAUAUAUUUAGAUUAAUAA